AUGUUCCCAUUCUCACCAUCCCACUGCCAUGUUCCCAUUCUCACCAUCCCACUGCCAUGUUGCCAUUCUCACCAUCCCACUGCCAUGUUGCCAUUCUCACCAUCCCACUGCCAUGUUCCCAUUCUCACCAUCCCACUGCCAUGUUCCCAUUCUCACCAUCCCACUGCCAUGUUCCCAUUCUCACCAUCCCACUGCCAUGUUCCCAUUCUCACCAUCCCACUGCCAUGUUCCCAUUCUCACCAUCCCACUGCCAUGUUGCCAUUCUCACCAUCCCACUGCCAUGUUCCCAUUCUCACCAUCACAUUGCCAUGUUGCCAUUCUCACCAUCCCACUGCCAUGUUCCCAUUCUCACCAUCCCUCUACCAUGUUCCCAUUCUCACCAUCCCACUGCCAUGUUCCCAUUCUCACCAUCCCACUGCCAUGUUCCCAUUCUCACCAUCCCACUGCCAUGUUGCCAUUCUCACCAUCCCACUGCCAUGUUCCCAUUCUCACCAUCCCACUGCCAUGUUCCCAUUCUCACCAUCCCACUGCCAUGUUCCCAUUCUCACCAUCCCACUGCCAUGUUCCCAUUCUCACCAUCCCACUGCCAUGUUCCCAUUCUCACCAUCCCACUGCCAUGUUCCCAUUCUCACCAUCCCACUGCCAUGUUGCCAUUCUCACCAUCCCACUGCCAUGUUCCCAUUCUCACCAUCCCACUGCCAUGUUCCCAUUCUCACCAUCCCACUGCCAUGUUUCCGUUCUCACCAUCCCACUGCCAUGUUCCCAUUCUCACCAUCCCACUGCCAUGUUCCCAUUCUCACCAUCCCACUGCCAUGUUCCCAUUCUCACCAUCCCACUGCCAUGUUCCCAUUCUCACCAUCCCACUGCCAUGUUCCCAUUCUCACCAUCCCACUGCCAUGUUCCCAUUCUCACCAUCCCACUGCCAUGUUCCCAUUCUCACCAUCCCACUGCCAUGUUGCCAUUCUCACCAUCCCACUGCCAUGUUGCCAUUCUCACCAUCCCACUGCCAUGUUCCCAUUCUCACCAUCCCACUGCCAUGUUGCCAUUCUCACCAUCCCACUGCCAUGUUCCCAUUCUCACCAUCCCACUGCCAUGUUGCCAUUCUCACCAUCCCACUGCCAUGUUCCCAUUCUCACCAUCCCUCUGCAAUGUUCCCAUUCUCACCAUCCCACUGCCAUGUUCCCAUUCUCACCAUCCCACUGCCAUGUUCCCAUUCUCACCAUCCCACUGCCAUGUUCCCAUUCUCACCAUCCCACUGCCAUGUUCCCAUUCUCACCAUUCCACUCUCAUGUUCCCAUUCUCACCAUCCCACUGCCAUGUUCCCAUUCUCACCAUCCCACUGCCAUGUUGCCAUUCUCACCAUCCCACUGCCAUGUUCCCAUUCUCACCAUCCCACUGCCAUGUUCCCAUUCUCACCAUCCCACUGCCAUGUUGCCAUUCUCACCAUCCCACUGCCAUGUUCCCAUUCUCACCAUCCCACUGCCAUGUUCCCAUUCUCACCAUCCCACUGCCAUGUUCCCAUUCUCACCAUCCCACUGCCAUGUUGCCAUUCUCACCAUCCCACUGCCAUGUUCCCAUUCUCACCAUCCCACUGCCAUGUUCCCAUUCUCACCAUCCCACUGCCAUGUUCCCAUUCUCACCAUCCCACUGCCAUGUUCCCAUUCUCACCAUCCCACUGCCAUGUACCCGUUCUCACCAUCCCACUGCCAUGUUCCCAUUCUCACCAUCCCACUGCCAUGUUCCCAUUCUCACUAUCCCUCUGCCAUGUUCCCAUUCUCACCAUCCCACUGCCAUGUUCCCAUUCUCACCAUCCCACUGCCAAGUUCAAAUUCUCACCAUCCCACUGCCAUGUUCCCAUUCUCACCAUCCCACUGCCAUGUUCCCAUUCUCACCAUCCCACUGCCAUGUUCCCAUUCUCACCAUCCCACUGCCAUGUUCCCAUUCUCACCAUCCCACUGCCAUGUUGCCAUUCUCACCAUCCCACUGCCAUGUUCCCAUUCUCACCAUCCCACUGCCAUGUUGCCAUUCUCACCAUCCCACUGCCAUGUUCCCAUUCUCACCAUCCCACUGCCAUGUUCCCAUUCUCACCAUCCCACUGCCAUGUUGCCAUUCUCACCAUCCCACUGCCAUGUUCCCAUUCUCACCAUCCCACUGCCAUGUUCCCAUUCUCACCAUCCCACUGCCAUGUUCCCAUUCUCACCAUCCCACUGCCAUGUUCCCAUUCUCACCAUCCCACUGCCAUGUUCCCAUUCUCACCAUCCCACUGCCAUGUUCCCAUUCUCACCAUCCCACUGCCAUGUUCCCAUUCUCACCAUCCCACUGCCAUGUUCCCAUUCUCACCAUCCCACUGCCAUCGUCCCAUUCUCACCAUCCCACUGCCAUGUUCCCAUUCUCACCAUCCCACUGCCAUGUUCCCAUUCUCACCAUCCCACUGCCAUGUUCCCAUUCUCACUAUCCCUCUGCCAUGUUCCCAUUCUCACCAUCCCACUGCCAUGUUCCCAUUCUCACCAUCCCACUGCCAUGUUGCCAUUCUCACCAUCCCACUGCCAUGUUCCCAUUCUCACCAUCCCACUGCCAUGUUGCCAUUCUCACCAUCCCACUGCCAUGUUCCCAUUCUCACCAUCCCACUGCCAUGUUCCCAUUCUCACCAUCCCACUGCCAUGUUCCCAUUCUCACCAUCCCACUGCCAUGUUCCCAUUCUCACCAUCCCACUGCCAUGUUGCCAUUCUCACCAUCCCACUGCCAUGUUCCCAUUCUCACCAUCCCACUGCCAUGUUGCCAUUCUCACCAUCCCACUGCCAUGUUCCCAUUCUCACCAUCCCACUGCCAUGUUCCCAUUCUCACCAUCCCACUGCCAUGUUCCCAUUCUCACCAUCCCACUGCCAUGUUCCCAUUCUCACCAUCCCACUGCCAUGUUCCCAUUCUCACCAUCCCACUGCCAUGUUCCCAUUCUCACCAUCCCACUGCCAUGUUCCCAUUCUCACCAUCCCACUGCCAUGUUCCCAUUCUCACCAUCCCUCUGCAAUGUUCCCAUUCUCACCAUCCCACUGCCAUGUUCCCAUUCUCACCAUCCCACUGCCAUGUUCCCAUUCUCACCAUCCCACUGCCAUGUUCCCAUUCUCACCAUCCCACUGCCAAGUUCCCAUUCUCACCAUUCCACUCUCAUGUUCCCAUUCUCACCAUCCCACUGCCAUGUUCCCAUUCUCACCAUCCCACUGCCAUGUUGCCAUUCUCACCAUCCCACUGCCAUGUUGCCAUUCUCACCAUCCCACUGCCAUGUUCCCAUUCUCACCAUCCCACUGCCAUGUUGCCAUUCUCACCAUCCCACUGCCAUGUUCCCAUUCUCACCAUCCCACUGCCAUGUUCCCAUUCUCACCAUCCCACUGCCAUGUUCCCAUUCUCACCAUCCCACUGCCAUGUUGCCAUUCUCACCAUCCCACUGCCAUGUUCCCAUUCUCACCAUCCCACUGCCAUGUUCCCAUUCUCACCAUCCCACUGCCAUGUUCCCAUUCUCACCAUCCCACUGCCAUGUUCCCAUUCUCACCAUCCCACUGCCAUGUUGCCAUUCUCACCAUCCCACUGCCAUGUUCCCAUUCUCACCAUCCCACUGCCAUGUUCCCAUUCUCACCAUCCCACUGCCAUGUUCCCAUUCUCACCAUCCCACUGCCAUGUUCCCAUUCUCACCAUCCCACUGCCAUGUUCCCAUUCUCACCAUCCCACUGCCAUGUUGCCAUUCUCACCAUCCCACUGCCAUGUUCCCAUUCUCACCAUCCCUCUUGCCAUGUUCCCAUUCUCACCAUCCCACUGCCAUGUUCCCAUUCUCACCAUCCCACUGCCAUGUUGCCAUUCUCACCAUCCCACUGCCAUGUUCCCAUUCUCACCAUCCCACUGCCAUGUUCCCAUUCUCACCAUCCCACUGCCAUGUUGCCAUUCUCACCAUCCCACUGCCAUGUUCCCAUUCUCACCAUCCCACUGCCAUGUUCCCAUUCUCACCAUCCCACUGCCAUGUUGCCAUUCUCACCAUCCCACUGCCAUGUUCCCAUUCUCACCAUCCCACUGCCAUGUUCCCAUUCUCACCAUCCCACUGCCAUGUUCCCAUUCUCACCAUCCCACUGCCAUGUUCCUAAUCUCACCAUCCCACUGCCAUGUUCCCAUUCUCACCAUCCCACUGCCAUGUUCCCAUUCUCACCAUCCCACUGCCAUGUUCCCAUUCUCACCAUCCCACUGCCAUGUUCCCAUUCUCACCAUCCCACUGCCAUGUUCCCAUUCUCACCAUCCCACUGCCAUGUUCCCAUUCUCACCAUCACAUUGCCAUGUUGCCAUUCUCACCAUCCCACUGCCAUGUUCCCAUUCUCACCAUCCCACUGCCAUGUUCCCAUUCUCACCAUCCCACUGCCAUGUUGCCAUUCUCACCAUCCCACUGCCAUGUUCCCAUUCUCACCAUCCCACUGCCAUGUUCCCAUUCUCACCAUCCCACUGCCAUGUUCCCAUUCUCACCAUCCCACUGCCAUGUUCCCAUUCUCACCAUCCCACUGCCAUGUUGCCAUUCUCACCAUCCCACUGCCAUGUUCCCAUUCUCACCAUCCCACUGCCAUGUUCCCAUUCUCACCAUCCCACUGCCAUGUUCCCAUUCUCACCAUCCCACUGCCAUGUUCCCAUUCUCACCAUCCCACUGCCAUGUUCCCAUUCUCACCAUCCCACUGCCAUGUUCCCAUUCUCACCAUUCCACUGUCAUGUUCCCAUUCUCACCAUCCCACUGCCAUGUUCCUAAUCUCACCAUCCCACUGCCAUGUUCCCAUUCUCACCAUCCCACUGCCAUGUUCCCAUUCUCACCAUCCCACUGCCAUGUUGCCAUUCUCACCAUCCCACUGCCAUGUUGCCAUUCUCACCAUCCCACUGCCAUGUUCCCAUUCUCACCAUCCCACUGCCAUGUUCCCAUUCUCACCAUCCCACUGCCAUGUUGCCAUUCUCACCAUCCCACUGCCAUGUUCCCAUUCUCACCAUCCCACUGCCAUGUUCCCAUUCUCACCAUCCCACUGCCAUGUUUCCGUUCUCACCAUCCCACUGCCAUGUUCCCAUUCUCACCAUCCCACUGCCAUGUUCCCAUUCUCACCAUCCCACUGCCAUGUUCCCAUUCUCACCAUCCCACUGCCAUGUUCCCAUUCUCACCAUCCCACUGCCAUGUUCCCAUUCUCACCAUCCCACUGCCAUGUUCCCAUUCUCACCAUCCCACUGCCAUGUUCCCAUUCUCACCAUCCCACUGCCAUGUUGCCAUUCUCACCAUCCCACUGCCAUGUUGCCAUUCUCACCAUCCCACUGCCAUGUUCCCAUUCUCACCAUCCCACUGCCAUGUUGCCAUUCUCACCAUCCCACUGCCAUGUUCCCAUUCUCACCAUCCCACUGCCAUGUUGCCAUUCUCACCAUCCCACUGCCAUGUUCCCAUUCUCACCAUCCCUCUGCAAUGUUCCCAUUCUCACCAUCCCACUGCCAUGUUCCCAUUCUCACCAUCCCACUGCCAUGUUCCCAUUCUCACCAUCCCACUGCCAUGUUCCCAUUCUCACCAUCCCACUGCCAUGUUCCCAUUCUCACCAUUCCACUCUCAUGUUCCCAUUCUCACCAUCCCACUGCCAUGUUCCCAUUCUCACCAUCCCACUGCCAUGUUGCCAUUCUCACCAUCCCACUGCCAUGUUCCCAUUCUCACCAUCCCACUGCCAUGUUCCCAUUCUCACCAUCCCACUGCCAUGUUGCCAUUCUCACCAUCCCACUGCCAUGUUCCCAUUCUCACCAUCCCACUGCCAUGUUCCCAUUCUCACCAUCCCACUGCCAUGUUCCCAUUCUCACCAUCCCACUGCCAUGUUGCCAUUCUCACCAUCCCACUGCCAUGUUCCCAUUCUCACCAUCCCACUGCCAUGUUCCCAUUCUCACCAUCCCACUGCCAUGUUCCCAUUCUCACCAUCCCACUGCCAUGUUCCCAUUCUCACCAUCCCACUGCCAUGUUCCCAUUCUCACCAUCCCACUGCCAUGUUCCCAUUCUCACCAUCCCACUGCCAUGUUCCCAUUCUCACUAUCCCUCUGCCAUGUUCCCAUUCUCACCAUCCCACUGCCAUGUUCCCAUUCUCACCAUCCCACUGCCAAGUUCAAAUUCUCACCAUCCCACUGCCAUGUUCCCAUUCUCACCAUCCCACUGCCAUGUUCCCAUUCUCACCAUCCCACUGCCAUGUUCCCAUUCUCACCAUCCCACUGCCAUGUUCCCAUUCUCACCAUCCCACUGCCAUGUUGCCAUUCUCACCAUCCCACUGCCAUGUUCCCAUUCUCACCAUCCCACUGCCAUGUUGCCAUUCUCACCAUCCCACUGCCAUGUUCCCAUUCUCACCAUCCCACUGCCAUGUUCCCAUUCUCACCAUCCCACUGCCAUGUUGCCAUUCUCACCAUCCCACUGCCAUGUUCCCAUUCUCACCAUCCCACUGCCAUGUUCCCAUUCUCACCAUCCCACUGCCAUGUUCCCAUUCUCACCAUCCCACUGCCAUGUUCCCAUUCUCACCAUCCCACUGCCAUGUUCCCAUUCUCACCAUCCCACUGCCAUGUUCCCAUUCUCACCAUCCCACUGCCAUGUUCCCAUUCUCACCAUCCCACUGCCAUGUUCCCAUUCUCACCAUCCCACUGCCAUCGUCCCAUUCUCACCAUCCCACUGCCAUGUUCCCAUUCUCACCAUCCCACUGCCAUGUUCCCAUUCUCACCAUCCCACUGCCAUGUUCCCAUUCUCACUAUCCCUCUGCCAUGUUCCCAUUCUCACCAUCCCACUGCCAUGUUCCCAUUCUCACCAUCCCACUGCCAUGUUGCCAUUCUCACCAUCCCACUGCCAUGUUCCCAUUCUCACCAUCCCACUGCCAUGUUGCCAUUCUCACCAUCCCACUGCCAUGUUCCCAUUCUCACCAUCCCACUGCCAUGUUCCCAUUCUCACCAUCCCACUGCCAUGUUCCCAUUCUCACCAUCCCACUGCCAUGUUCCCAUUCUCACCAUCCCACUGCCAUGUUCCCAUUCUCACCAUCCCACUGCCAUGUUCCCAUUCUCACCAUCCCACUGCCAUGUUCCCAUUCUCACCAUCCCACUGCCAUGUUCCCAUUCUCACCAUCCCACUGCCAUCGUCCCAUUCUCACCAUCCCACUGCCAUGUUCCCAUUCUCACCAUCCCACUGCCAUGUUCCCAUUCUCACCAUCCCACUGCCAUGUUCCCAUUCUCACCAUCCCACUGCCAUGUUCCCAUUCUCACCAUCCCACUGCCAUGUUGCCAUUCUCACCAUCCCACUGCCAUGUUCCCAUUCUCACCAUCCCUCUGCAAUGUUCCCAUUCUCACCAUCCCACUGCCAUGUUCCCAUUCUCACCAUCCCACUGCCAUGUUCCCAUUCUCACCAUCCCACUGCCAUGUUCCCAUUCUCACCAUCCCACUGCCAAGUUCCCAUUCUCACCAUUCCACUCUCAUGUUCCCAUUCUCACCAUCCCACUGCCAUGUUCCCAUUCUCACCAUCCCACUGCCAUGUUGCCAUUCUCACCAUCCCACUGCCAUGUUCCCAUUCUCACCAUCCCACUGCCAUGUUCCCAUUCUCACCAUCCCACUGCCAUGUUGCCAUUCUCACCAUCCCACUGCCAUGUUCCCAUUCUCACCAUCCCACUGCCAUGUUCCCAUUCUCACCAUCCCACUGCCAUGUUCCCAUUCUCACCAUCCCACUGCCAUGUUGCCAUUCUCACCAUCCCACUGCCAUGUUCCCAUUCUCACCAUCCCACUGCCAUGUUCCCAUUCUCACCAUCCCACUGCCAUGUUCCCAUUCUCACCAUCCCACUGCCAUGUUCCCAUUCUCACCAUCCCACUGCCAUGUUGCCAUUCUCACCAUCCCACUGCCAUGUUCCCAUUCUCACCAUCCCACUGCCAUGUUCCCAUUCUCACCAUCCCACUGCCAUGUUCCCAUUCUCACCAUCCCACUGCCAUGUUCCCAUUCUCACCAUCCCACUGCCAUGUUCCCAUUCUCACCAUCCCACUGCCAUGUUCCCAUUCUCACCAUCCCACUGCCAUGUUCCCAUUCUCACCAUCCCACUGCCAUGUUCCCAUUCUCACCAUCCCACUGCCAUGUUCCCAUUCUCACCAUCCCACUGCCAUGUUGCCAUUCUCACCAUCCCACUGCCAUGUUCCCAUUCUCACCAUCCCUCUGCCAUGUUCUUAUUCUCACCAUCCCACUGCCAUGUUCGCAAUCUCACCAUCCCACUGCCAUGUUCCCAUUCUCACCAUCCCACUGCCAUGUUCCCAUUCUCACCAUCCCACUGCCAUGUUCCCAUUCUCACCAUCCCACUGCCAUGUUCCCAUUCUCACCAUCCCACUGCCAUGUUCCCAUUCUCACCAUCCCACUGCCAUGUUCCCAUUCUCACCAUCCCACUGCCAUGUUCCCAUUCUCACCAUCCCACUGCCAUGUUGCCAUUCUCACCAUGGCACUGCCAUGUUGCCAUUCUCACCAUCCCACUGCCAUGUUCCCAUUCUCACCAUCCCACUGCCAUGUUCCCAUUCUCACCAUCCCACUGCCAUGUUCCCAUUCUCACCAUCCCACUGCCAUGUUCCCAUUCUCACCAUCCCACUGCCAUGUUCCCAUUCUCACCAUCCCACUGCCAUGUUCCCAUUCUCACCAUCCCACUGCCAUGUUCCCAUUCUCACCAUCCCACUGCCAUGUUCCCAUUCUCACCAUCCCACUGCCAUGUUCCCAUUCUCACCAUCCCACUGCCAUGUUCCCAUUCUCACCAUCCCACUGCCAUGUUCCCAUUCUCACCAUCCCACUGCCAUGUUGCCAUUCUCACCAUCCCACUGCCAUGUUCCCAUUCUCACCAUCCCACUGCCAUGUUCCCAUUCUCACCAUCCCACUGCCAUGUUGCCAUUCUCACCAUCCCACUGCCAUGUUGCCAUUCUCACCAUCCCACUGCCAUGUUCCCAUUCUCACCAUCCCACUGCUAUGUUCCCAUUCUCACCAUCUCACUGCCAUGUCGCCAUUUUCACCAUCCCACUGCCAAGUUCAAAUUCUCACCAUCCCACUGCCAUGUUCCCAUUCUCACCAUCCCACUGCCAUGUUCCCAUUCUCACCAUCCCACUGCCAUGUUCCCAUUCUCACCAUCCCACUGCCAUGUUCCCAUUCUCACCAUCCCACUGCCAUGUUGCCAUUCUCACCAUCCCACUGCCAUGUUCCCAUUCUCACCAUCCCACUGCCAUGUUGCCAUUCUCACCAUCCCACUGCCAUGUUCCCAUUCUCACCAUCCCACUGCCAUGUUCCCAUUCUCACCAUCCCACUGCCAUGUUGCCAUUCUCACCAUCCCACUGCCAUGUUCCCAUUCUCACCAUCCCACUGCCAUGUUGCCAUUCUCACCAUCCCACUGCCAUGUUCCCAUUCUCACCAUCCCACUGCCAUGUUCCCAUUCUCACCAUCCCACUGCCAUGUUCCCAUUCUCACCAUCCCACUGCCAUGUUCCCAUUUACACCAUCCCACUGCCAUGUUCCCAUUCUCACCAUCCCACUGCCAUGUUCCCAUUCUCACCAUCCCACUGCCAUCGUCCCAUUCUCACCAUCCCACUGCCAUGUUCCCAUUCUCACCAUCCCACUGCCAUGUUCCCAUUCUCACCAUCCCACUGCCAUGUUCCCAUUCUCACCAUCCCACUGCCAUGUUCCCAUUCUCACCAUCCCACUGCCAUGUUGCCAUUCUCACCAUCCCACUGCCAUGUUCCCAUUCUCACCAUCCCUCUGCAAUGUUCCCAUUCUCACCAUCCCACUGCCAUGUUCCCAUUCUCACCAUCCCACUGCCAUGUUCCCAUUCUCACCAUCCCACUGCCAUGUUCCCAUUCUCACCAUCCCACUGCCAUGUUCCCAUUCUCACCAUUCCACUCUCAUGUUCCCAUUCUCACCAUCCCACUGCCAUGUUCCCAUUCUCACCAUCCCACUGCCAUGUUGCCAUUCUCACCAUCCCACUGCCAUGUUCCCAUUCUCACCAUCCCACUGCCAUGUUCCCAUUCUCACCAUCCCACUGCCAUGUUGCCAUUCUCACCAUCCCACUGCCAUGUUCCCAUUCUCACCAUCCCACUGCCAUGUUCCCAUUCUCACCAUCCCACUGCCAUGUUCCCAUUCUCACCAUCCCACUGCCAUGUUGCCAUUCUCACCAUCCCACUGCCAUGUUCCCAUUCUCACCAUCCCACUGCCAUGUUCCCAUUCUCACCAUCCCACUGCCAUGUUCCCAUUCUCACCAUCCCACUGCCAUGUUCCCAUUCUCACCAUCCCACUGCCAUGUUGCCAUUCUCACCAUCCCACUGCCAUGUUCCCAUUCUCACCAUCCCACUGCCAUGUUCCCAUUCUCACCAUCCCACUGCCAUGUUCCCAUUCUCACCAUCCCACUGCCAUGUUCCCAUUCUCACCAUCCCACUGCCAUGUUCCCAUUCUCACCAUCCCACUGCCAUGUUCCCAUUCUCACCAUCCCACUGCCAUGUUCCCAUUCUCACCAUCCCACUGCCAUGUUCCCAUUCUCACCAUCCCACUGCCAUGUUCCCAUUCUCACCAUCCCACUGCCAUGUUGCCAUUCUCACCAUCCCACUGCCAUGUUCCCAUUCUCACCAUCCCACUGCCAUGUUCCCAUUCUCACUAUCCCUCUGCCAUGUUCCCAUUCUCACCAUCCCACUGCCAUGUUCCCAUUCUCACCAUCCCACUGCCAUGUUCCCAUUCUCACCAUCCCACUGCCAUGUUCCCAUUCUCACCAUCCCACUGCCAUGUUCCCAUUCUCACUAUCCCUCUGCCAUGUUCCCAUUCUCACCAUCCCACUGCCAUGUUCCCAUUCUCACCAUCCCACUGCCAUGUUCCCAUUCUCACCAUCCCACUGCCAUGUUCCCAUUCUCACCAUCCCACUGCCAUGUUCCCAUUCUCACCUCUCACUGCCAUGUUCCCAUUCUCACCAUCCCACUGCCAUGUUCCCAUUCUCACCAUCCCACUGCCAUGUUCCCAUUCUCACCAUCCCACUGCCAUGUUCCCAUUCUCACCAUCCCACUGCCAUGUUCCCAUUCUCACCAUCCCACUGCCAUGUUGCCAUUCUCACCAUCCCACUGCCAUGUUCCCAUUCUCACCAUCCCUCUGCCAUGUUCUUAUUCUCACCAUCCCACUGCCAUGUUCGCAAUCUCACCAUCCCACUGCCAUGUUCCCAUUCUCACCAUCCCACUGCCAUGUUGCCAUUCUCACCAUCCCACUGCCAUGUUCCCAUUCUCACCAUCCCACUGCCAUGUUCCCAUUCUCACCAUCCCACUGCCAUGUUCCCAUUCACACCAUCCCACUGCCAUGUUUCCAUUUUCACCAUCCCACUGCCAUGUUCCCAUUCUCACCAUCCCACUGCCAUGUUGCCAUUCUCACCAUCGCAUUGCCAUGUUGCCAUUCUCACCAUCCCACUGCCAUGUUCCCAUUCUCACCAUCCCACUGCCAUGUUCCCAUUCUCACCAUCCCACUGCCAUGUUCCCAUUCUCACCAUCCCACUGCCAUGUUCCCAUUCUCACCAUCCCACUGCCAUGUUCCCAUUCUCACCAUCCCACUGCCAUGUUCCCAUUCUCACCAUCCCACUGCCAUGUUCCCAUUCUCACCAUCCCACUGCCAUUGUAG